CCUGCUGCCAGUCAACAUUAAGACUCGAGCAAGCCCUGGCCGGCUUAUCUUAUUUUUAAAUUCGAAUUUUAAAAUUCUUUUUCUUUCGCAACGCCAAACACUGGCCAUAUCGUUUAAAAUUCUAACACAGAAUAGUUUUGUCGUCGUGUGAACAUGAAGUGCUUCUUAAUUCUUCUGUUUGUCUUUUGUUAUGGUGACUGUCGCAAAGUUCUGCCGAUCGACAAGAGCGCCAACACCGCCUUCAUAAACAUGGAGGCUGGUGGGGUCCGCGCUCCAAACCCCGCACCAGCACCAGUUAAACCACAACCAGUACAGCCAGCACCAUCCUCACCACAAACCCAACAUACCCCAUCCACGCCCAAACCCGUACCUAAACAGGAGCCCACACCGACGGUACCACACAAACCAACCCCACCCCAGAUCCCGCCGAAGCCGGUUAACCCCCCUCAGCCUGCGAACCCCAUCACGACUCCGGGGCCUGGUAGCGUGAAGCAGCUGAUCACCUUCUACGACUCCCAGGGAAAAGCCAGCCCGAUCAGACCAUACACUUACAGCCAGGCUGUGAAACAGGGUUAAAUUAAUUGAGAAUUCCAGGAAAAAAAAUAAAGAAAAGAAUAUCACCUCCUUUGUGGAAAGUCAGUUAAAAUCUAUUUAAAAACAUUCUUCUUGAAGGGAACAAACAUAAUCUCUUCUUAAAUUCUCUGAUUUCCUAAUACGUGACAACUUUGCGAACAUUGUAUUUGGAACAACAAUAAAAGUUUUUAUUGACGUCA